GCAUUAGACACACAUACAGGAAGUAAAUGUAGGCUUGUGAAAGUAACUAUAACCCCAUUUUCAUUUCCGCUUGUUCUCACAGCAGCAUCAGACGCAACUUUCCUGUGUGAAGGUUUUUAAAGGUUAUGUGGAAAAUAAAACAAAACAGGCCGGUGUUAAAGCAGAGAAGGACGUGAGUCUGUUAACAUCUUCACAGCAAGCCACCGUACAAAUACACGAGGCUCAGAUAUCACAGUCGGCUUACAGGGUUGUGUGUUUCUGUUGUAAAUGUGAUAUGGGAUGUCUGAGAUAAAGAGUAAACACAUCUUUUUUUAAGCAAACUGAUGAAAGAUGAUGACUAAAGACUGGUUGUGUAGUAGAGUGAAACUUUGUCAGCUGAUCAUUGGACCAAAUGUUGGUUCAACUAAUGUCCAGGAUCCAGUAGAAGUGGUGGUUGAUACCGAGUCAUAUCCUCAACCUCAGUAUAACCCAUCGUCUAUCCCCAUGACAUUGGAGGCUUUCAGUUGUGCCUUCGAUGAAUUACCAGGCAGGAAGUCGGUUGCGAAGAUGAACUUCAUGGAUCAGAAAGCUCUUGGACCCAACCCAGUUCAGACAGAAGUUGUUCACCACUUUGCAGAGAUGUUAUCUGGAGAUAUACUGGGUGCAGCUUUGAGGAAACAGAACAACGAGUUUGCUAAAGAUGGUGAUCAACUAUGUAACCUGACUCAAAGUGAGGAUAGCAAGUGGACAGUAAGUGAUCAGGAAAUGCUAGCUAAGAGGAUAGCAGCUGAGAUUUAUAGCACUGCACUGGAAGAACUCACCAGGCAUGGUUGCUCUGCUGGAAGGAAAGCUGAACCAGAUUUGGUUCAGACAUAUGAAAAACAGAUCAUUAGUGAAGCUCACAGUGAGCCUACAUCCUACUUUUGCUCCUCCUUGCACCACUGCAACCAAGAAAGACCUGCAGCAGAAAUAGAUGAUAUCUAUCCCAGAAGAUCUACCACCAGUCCUACCACUCUGAAUGACAUGGCCCAUGUAGGCUCGCUCGACUACCCUGAUGCUCCUCCAAGUACGCCAUUACUGCCAGAGAUGAUAAAAAGCCGUGCGAGCUUCACUAGGAAACUGAAAGGCGGACUCGCUAAGGAGUUCCUACCCUCAACCCCUCCACCCACCCCUAAAGACCAACAAUCUCUAAUGGAGGAGAAAAUGACUGACUGCACUGCAGACAAAUCAGAGUUCAUGGUUCGGUUGAUGCGUUCGCUCUCACUAGCCUGCUCACAGCUUGAGGAAGAUAGUGGCACAGAAAACGAAGGCAAGUUUCAGAGUGAGAUUUCAGACUAUGCGGCACAGCUCUCAGCAGAUAUCAUCCAUUGCAUCACUGCUGUCCAAGCAGGCAGAAAUAGAAAUCUAGAAACGCCUGUCAGAGAUGUGCAGGUCCUGGCUGACCACCUAGCAGAAGACAUCAUUAGGACAUCUAUAGCAGAGGUUAUGAGGAGCAAAAGAGCGGACAGAACAAACCAAGAAAGCCCAUCGUAUUUGGAGAACACAACUCAAGUUUUGAGUGAUAAUUUACUGUCAGAGUCAAUUCCUGAUAUCCCUCCUGUGGAGGCUCUGAGAGCCAUGGCUGGCAGACUGAUCACUAACACACUGGUCCAGGCUUUCUGUGAGCUGGGAAGUGGUUCAUUACAACAUGCCACAAGCAAACAGCUCCCUGAUCCAACAUCUGAACUAAUGCCAUGGGAACAAGGGAAUGAUCAAUAUUUAAAUACAGGUUUGUACAUCCUAAACUCCAAUCAACCCCAAACUAAUGGAUGCUCUAAUGUGAAUUCAGAGACUAAUUAUAUCCCACUUGACGUUUUUGCUGAGAACAUUGUGCAUGAGGUGCUCAAGUGCUCUGUAAGAGAAGCUUCAAACUGUCACUUAAGAUGUAAACAAAUAUCCGUUAAUUCAGAUAAACUGAGUUCUUCAGUAGCUUCUGCACCUCAGCAGGCUGUGAUGAGGGCCUUCAUAUCUGAAACACUGGGCCAUGAUACACAGGAGCUGCAGUGUGUCCUGCUCUGGGCUGCAGCGUCUCACACAGGAACUUCAACAUUACAGAUUGAUCUAGCUGACGAACACAUUCAGCAACAGCUCCUCAGCGUCUCUCUACAAGCCCAGUUUCACGGCUGGACUGUAGGCCAUCUGAUGUCCUCUCUCCUCCAAUACUGUGAAGAGCUGCAGACUGCCAGCAGAGGGCACUCUAAGAUUUCCACCUCUCUCCUGGGGCAUCUACUGCUCACACAAUCAGUUCUGGACUAAAGCUUGAAUCAAUUAGGAUUGAACAUCAGUCUAAGAAAGGAUUUUUUUUUGUUAUUAUGGAUUAAUACAUGAUUGACACAGUGUGAUGUGAAAUCUAGAGACGAGAGCACGGAAAUGAUUACCAAUGAGGAAAAAGAGCAGGCUGAGCCAAAAAAAAUAAAUUGGGUUCAACUUAGUCUAAGGCCCAUCUGCACACUCUCCUGGAGUCAAACUUAUGAUGAUUAAAACAUGACAAAAUGUGCAUUCGAUUUUCUGCUUAAAUCUGCUACAACACUUAAAGUUGGCCAUCGCUCUUGAGACGUCACUCCCUCACGAUGGAGCAUCACUCAAAUUCUGCGCCUCUGGAUGAAUAUCGAUGAUCGACUCUGCAUGGGAGCAAUCUGCAGAGGAGAACAUAGAAAUGACUAAAACUGCAACGUUUUAUUGGAACACCAGUCUGAUCCAGAAAGAUGACCAUCAACCUAGCGUAACACCCAGCUGGACACUCGGCUGGGAGGAAAUAGGAAUCAAGCCAAUAGCGUUAUGAACAUCUGCUGAAAUUGUGCUCGCCUAUGUAACGCAUCACAUUAAAUUAAUAAAGACUGGACAUCACAUCAAGGAUGAAAUAAUAAAACGCAGAUGGCUCUUUGAUUCUAAACCAUUUCAUAUUAGCACAUUAAUAUAGUCAUCCUGACAUAUCUGGACAGGAAGAAUGCUAAUCCUGCCCGUGAAAUGACUGACACUGAUAUCACAUCAGAGUAAAUGAGAGACAUCUAUCUAUCUAUCUAUCUAUCUAUCUAUCUAUCUAUCUAUCUAUCUAUCUAUCUAUCUAUCUAUCUAUCUGUCAUAUUAAUAAAAGAUCUAUCUAAUUAUCUGUAUUGUAUUAGCAAAUAUUGUUUCAUGCUUCAGUGCAAUUUUAAAUAUGUUGUUAGCGUGAACAAUAAAAAAGCACUGCUGAAGUGUGUAGUAUGA